ACCACCUUCCUCACCAGUUUCUCUCUUCCUGUACCUUCUUUGUCACCAAAUCGAAACAACUUCAUUUCUCUCAGUCCUCCAGGCAAUUUCAUCUUCAAAAUCUCUCUCCACUUUCCCUCUCCUAUAUAAGCCACCCUCUGGCUCUCCCCAUGUAGUUCGUGCACUCACACAGAGCGGAUCAGAUAAUCUUGUGAACUCGAGCAGGUCAGAGCUAUUUCCAAGGAUGGCGUCGCGGGGCGGUGUCGUGUUCGAGGACUUCUUCCCGGCGAUGGUGGAGAAGCUCGGGGCGGACGGGUUCAUGAAGGAGCUGAGCAACGGGUUCAAUCUGCUGCGAGACAGUGACAAGGGCGUGAUCACCUUCGACAGCUUGAAGAGGAACUCAGCUCUGCUGGGGCUGGAGGGGAUGCGGGACGACGAGCUGAGGUCGAUGCUGCGGGAGGGGGACCUGGACGGUGAUGAGGCGUUGAACGAGAAGGAGUUCUACGUGCUCAUGUUUAGGCUGAGCCCCGGGUUGAUGAGGGAGUCCGAGGAGCUUUUGGAGGAAGCCAUUGUUGAAGAUUAUUCGUAGGUCUCGUGUUUUGUGAUCCGUGAAAUUUGAUGUAUGAGAGCUAUUCGAGCUGAUUGGAGUGUAACUUUCGUUGACUCUUGUGGAAUUCUAUCGGUCGUUUGCUA